AUGAAUGAUGAAUCAAAACAAAUAUCUAAUGGGAAUGAAUUAGAGUUUGUUCCAUUGAACAAUGAAGAAAAUGUUGAUAUUCUACGAACAGAAUUUGAAGAUAUUGUGUCAGUUGAUUAUAAUAUUUCAUUUGAAGGAGCUGUUAGACAAAUCGUUGAUGAAAUAAAACGAGAACGAAAAGAACUGAAUGAACGUUAUGAAGCAUUAGAAAAAACAAAUUAUGAUAUUCGAAUUGAAGCAGACAAUAAUAUGGAAUUAAUUCGAGAAUCUUGUCUUAACAGUAUAAAAGAAUUAAAUGAAGAAUUAUUAAAUAUAAAAGAAGAAUGUAAUGAAUUUGAUAGAAGAAAUAAAGAAUUACUUCUUGAAAUUGAAACAUUGAAUAAUCAAUUAAAUGAUCGAUCGAUAGUUGUUGGUCAACAUUCUCAAUCGAUUUCAAAUCUACUUGAACAACAAAAUUCAAUUGUAUCAAACGAAGAAUUUCAUGAUCAAAUGACAAGCAAUUCUGAUGAAAAUAAUCUUGCAACAACUCCAGUCAUUUUUGAAAAUAAUCCUAUUCAAAUCGAUACUAUUGAUAAACAAAUUCAAACGGAAUCAUUCUAUCAAUUAUGGUCUACUGAUGAAGCUGAAAAGUUAUCGAAUAAUUAUGAUGAUGAUGAUGAUGAUGAUCGAUUAAAUGAAUAUAUUAAUGAAAUAUCUUCUCUAUCACCAACUGAAGUUUCUAAUCAACUUAAUCAACAGUGUCAACAAAUAUUAUCGAAAGAAAAUCUUUCAUUAACUUCGUUUCCUAAUCUUGAAUCGAAUCAUUUAUCUUUACUUGCACUUCAUUCUCUUUAUACUCAACAUUUAACUGAUGAAGCUAAACAAUUAUAUAAUGAAACAGUUGUACGAGCAUUAAAACAAGAAUAUGAAUUAUUAAAUAAUGAAAAAACUGAUUUAAUUGAACAAUUAAAUUCUUUUCGAUUAAAAAAUGAUGAAUUACUUCAACAAAUUGAAUUAGAACAGAUACAUACAAAAGCUUUAAUUGAAAAAUAUGAAUUAAAUGAAAAUCAAUUAAAAAAUAAUUUAUUACAAUUAACUCAAGAAAAUCAACAAACAACAGAAAAUAAAUAUGAAGAAUUAGAAAAGGAAUAUAAUCAAUUAAAAUUAGAUUUUAAUGAACUUAUUAAUGAAAAUGAAUUAUUAAAAGAUUAUAAUGCACAAAUGUAUCAAGAAAAAUUUCAGGAAAAAGAAGAUAAUGGCUCUGUUGAAAUCAAAAAAUCACAUAAUGUUGAUAUUCAAUGUAAUUUAAAUUCUGAAGAUUCGAACUGGAAUAAUGAUUGGAAUGCAGAUACAACAAUAUCAACACAGGAUCAAGCAUCAAAUGAACAAGAAAUAAUCCGACUGAAAACAAUUAUUGACGAAAUUCAAAAUGAAAAUGAAAACUUACGAGUUUUAUCUAAUUGCAUCAAUAAUCAAUCAAUAUCUAUUAAUACUUUUACUCAAACAGAAACAGAAAAUGAAAAUAAUGAUUGGAAUGAAGAUGUAACAAUACCACAAAUAUCAACAGAGGAUCAGACAUCGAAUGAACAAGAAAUAAUUCGAUUAAAAACAAUUAUUGAAGAAGUUCAAAAUGAAAAUGAAAACUUACGAGUUUUAUCUAAUUGCAUUAAUAAUCAAUCGAUAUCUAUUAAUACUUUUACUCAAACAGAAAAUGAAGAUAAUGAUGAAAUUUCAUCUGUAAAAGAUGAUUCUUCUAAACAAACUGUUGAUAAUCAAACUCAAACAGAUGAUCAACCACAAGAUAAAUCAACACAAAUUAAUACGAAACUUAAACGUGCUCUUCAAACUAUUAAAGACAAAAUCAAUCGAAUAGUUAUUGAACAACCGGAAUUAUUUCCUGAGUCAACUGAUGAUACUAUCGUACGAUUAGAUCAUUUAAUUUCAGCUAUUGAACAACAAGCAAUACAAAUUGAUCUUUUGAAAACAAAAUCAGAUAUAUUAAUACCAACAUUAAGUGUACAAGAAAUUGAACAAAUAAUAGAAGAGAGAAAUCAACUUCAAAAUGAAAAAUUAACCAAUAAUGAGGAAAUUCAUAAUCUAAGAUCUCAAUUAGUUGAACGUGAAGAACAGUUACAAGAACUGAAUGAAAAAUAUUCUGAAAUUGUAUCAAAUGUUGAGAAACCAAAUACUGAAACUGUUGAUAAUGAGACACAAACAGAUGAACAACAAAAAGAUAAACUUGCCCAAAUUAAUAAUAAAUUGAAACGUGCAUUACAAAAUAUUAAAGAAAAAAUUCAACGAAUUGUUAAUGAAAAACCGGAAUUAUUUAUUAAUUCGAGUGAUGAUACUGUCGAACGAUUGGAUAAUUUACUUUCUGCUAUUGAAAUUUUACAAAACGAACGUGAUCAUGCUCUACAGAAAAUCGAUGAACUUCAAAAUACAAAUCGAGAUCAAAUUGAUAAGAUAUCGUCAUCGAUAACAACACAAAGUAAUUCGGGUGAUUCUCUAUCUGAAGAUUAUCAAAAACAAAUUGAUCAACUUCAAAAAAAUCUUUCACAAAAGGAUGAAGAACGAAGUUUAUUACGUGAACGUUUG